CACACACACCCCCACACACCCUCUUCUCCCUCUGUUGCCCCCUUUAUAAAAUGGAUGUUGCCUUUACCAGAAAGCUAGACGAAGAAGCAGCAGCAGCUCUUAAAGUAACGGUUAUUCUUAUACUCAGUUCCAGCCAGGCAGGCUUCCUGCUCAUCGGCAGAUGCCCCUUUUCAGCCUGUAACUCUGAUGUGCUCUGGAUCAGCUUUUGACUCUUAAUAAUAUAUUAAUAUUCUCUAAACCCCUUCUCCUCCUUUACUGCUUCCCUAUGGUUCUGGCUUCCAUCCCCUGCAGCACAUUUAUCUGCAAAGUAUCAUGUGAUUCUAAUCCCUGGAGGCUGGCAGCUUGACUUGGCACUUUAGGGUCCCUUAGCAGGGUGAGCUGUUAAAACAGCACCCGUCUCUCACCCCCUUUCCCUCCAUUCCCCCGGGGUUUAGGAAAGGAAGGAUACAUGGGGACCACCUCCCGCCUCUUCACCUCACCACCUUCCUCGGUCCCCCUCCCAGCACCUCCGUAAGGUUCUCAGUGGUGCUCACUUGCUUUGCAGGCAGGCUCCCAGCAGGGAGGGAGCUACCGUCUACGUGGUCUCUCUGACCAUAAGACAGGGUUCUGUAUCAGCGAGACAGUGAGAAAAGUCCCAGACUAGUGGCAGAAAUUUGCACUUUGAACAUGUGUGUUUUUGUGUUGUGGAACCUGAGAUUCCUUAUUUAUUAACAAAGUCUGAUUUCUCUCUCUUUUUUUUUUUUUUGUCGUUGUUGCUAUAUUUUGUGGGGCUGGGAGAGAUUAGAUUAUUCUGACAUGCGGUCCUUUUCCUAAGAGGUACAUGUAGAAGGCAAGAUACAGGGUUGAAGAAGUACCGCCAGCCUCUCAAAUCACAGUUCUCUAGUGGCCUUUAAAGAAAGCUGGCCCUCAGCGCUAACAACAUCACUACAGUAGCCUAGUGCUUCUCCGGAAACCUCUUUAGGGAAGGAUGUUAGGUUUGUGGUAAUUAGUGGUCUGAGUUUUUAGAGCAUCGAGAUUUAGGAAUUUUGAGGGGGUAAGGAAGGUUGUUCAGGGUCUGAAUUACAGAUAAAAGGUUUUCUCUUGUGAAUUUGUUGAUUUUCUUUUUUGUCCCCAUCAUUUCUUUAUACAGACCUCCCUAUUAUCCCAGCUCUGGCCCCUUGCUUUGCUUUUGCUUUUGCUUUUGCUUUUGCAUCAUUGGUUCAUUCCAGCUCCCAAUUAGUGAAGGACACUGCCAUCAUUGAAGGAAUAGUCUGAGUCAUAACAGCUGUAAGUAAAAGAAAAUCGCUGUUUUGUUUCCCUUUUAAUAUCACUUCAGAAGAAGAAAGGCUUCAACAAAGUUAAUCUGUAUAAUGCUUUGGCUUUCACCUGAAAUUGUAGGAAUUAUCAUUUCCCUCGAGGUAGGGAUUUUCAUGGGGUGGAUUACUUACCACUGUCCAUGGGAGAGACAGUUUUGUACAACUUCAUAACUUCCAGAAGACUAAAAACAUAUUUUGGCUCAUUGUUAGAGAAUUAGAAGGGCAGUCUAUCCUACGUACCUCAGAAACUGGAAUUAAAGGCUUGCCCUAUUCAUUGUUUGUCAGAAAUGUAUGAUGGCUGUUGGAAAGAAUGAAGUUUUGCUGAGAACAAAAUAAGGAACAGCUUGUUUUUCACAAACACUAAAACUACAAAGUUUAUCAGUUUUCUCUUUUGAUUUUUUUUUUCCCCAAAAAGAAGGGUAACAAAACGUCAUCUCUGAAAGAGGCUUACUUUACACCCACCAGUGUCAGUGGUUGGGAUGCCAGGGAAUAGGGAGCGAAACACCUACAGUAAGCAGUCUUCAAUGUGCUGUUGUUUCUUUCCGCUGUUGCAGAUUUGCCAUCCCCUUCAGUGUGAAAGUAGAAAAUGGAAUAAGGUUAGAAGGGAUAUAGAGUAUGCUUUCCUGCCCACAGUAAGGAUUUGGAGUUGACUUUGGUAUGUUCAGUAAAUUGGAAAAUACUAUAAGAGUGACUGGAUGGGUCUACAACGAAGUUGUUCCACUCCCAUAUGAAGUCCAUUUUGUACUGUUUCACUAGCUAGCAUCUAUACCCCACCUUACUUUUUGUCUUCGUCACAUUUAUCGUAUCCUUUGUCUCCAUAAAUUACAUUUGCACUUGUUAGUCAUCAGAUGUUUUAGCCACCUACACAAAAGCAAACUGCAUUGAAAAAAAAAAAAGAACUUUAUGAGAUAGAGGGAAAAUAUAUUCUUCCCUGUAUCACGCUCCUCCCCACCAAAAGCAGCUAGCUAGUUCUCAUAAUUAGAAACUUUCCCCUUUCUCCAUUUUUUUACUCAUCUUCAUUUGCCUGUAAUUUGCUUCAGUAAAUUAUUAUAGCAGUUUGCGAUACAUUUUAAAAUAUCUUUCAUGGACUUAAGAUUUUUUUCCUUUUGAGAAAAGGGGUGCUAGCAAAGUAAAGAGUUGGUUAAAGUAAACUAUCUUAUACUAGACUCUUUUUCCCUUUUCCUUUCUGCUCCUCAUACGUUUACUUCAUUGUCCUUCUAAGGAACUCAGUCUUAAAAUUCUACAUUUCCUACUCUUAAUCAAAUUCUGCUACCUUUUUAGUAACCCUUCCCACAGCAUAUUCUCCAUCUUGAAUUAGCAAUUCUAAAUUUUGAAAAUGUACUUGAUACAAAUAUUAUUUCUACAAGAUACAGAAAUACGUCUUGUAGAAAUACAUCUUUCCCCUUGUUUGUGGUUGCUCAGGGUUAUUUUGCAAAAUUGAGACUUAAUAUGCUUCAGAGAAUUUAGAUAAACACUGGCCAAGAUUACUGGAAGUAAAAAAUGGAUACAUUGAGGUAUGGAAAAGCAUUCACAUAGAGCACUUGAACUUCCUUAGAACCUGCUUGGAGAAAAAAAUAUAAAGAGUGUACUAAACCUAACUAAGGUUAUUACAGUCUGGCUGUUCGAAGCACCAUUUUUCCCUCCUGUCUUUUUCCCACUUUGCAGUGUACUCAAGAAAAUUGAAAAAUUGUAUUGAAUCAAUUUAAAAUAUUUUAUUUCCUAGAAGCCUUUUUUGCCUGUUGUAAUAUGCAGGACCCUUCUCCUUUGGUGGGAGAGACAGGUAGUUACCUGAAUCUAGGUUGAAAAGGUUAUGUAAAAAGAAAUUAUAAUAAAAGGGAUACUCUGCUUUUCAAAUCCUUGUUUUCUCUUAAUCUAGGUAAGGCAUAUCCAAAAUAAAUAUGUAAAGAAGAAAAAUAAAAGUUGUCUUCAUGGAAGCAACUGGUCUUCCUUGGUUGUACUGAGUUGCAGUUAUCCUGGGGUGAAAUAAUUGAUGCUGCCAAAUAAGAAAAACAAGUGCCCUCAGAGCAGGUUUUAAGUGGCAGAUACUGUUGUUUGCUCUUGUUGAGAAUCAGGUAGUUAACUUUUGGCUUAGUUCAGUUCUUGAUUUCUAAUGCUGAGAUGCCAUAUGAUUCUGUGAUCAUUUGACAAAGUUGGAAAUCCUUUCCAUGUUUCAGCCUUAGGAAAGGUGGAUUCUUAAUCUAGUAAAGAGAACGUUAAGGAAGCUGUAGGGUUAAUUUUGCUCUGAUAAUGACAAAACCCUGAUAGCAUUUAAUAUCAGUGCUUCUUCACAAAACUCAAUGUCCAUACAAAUACAAAGUUAAAAAAAAAAAAAAAAGAAUCCUCCUACCUUCUUAAAAAGCCGACUGUGACAGCCACCCCAGCCUCAUUUCUUUCUCCCCUAUGUCCCUCGAUUAUUGUUUAUGUAUGGAAAUUCCCCCCACACACACCAGAAGGCAUGUGUUUCAAUUUAGAGGUAAUGUCCGUGAUACAAAAUAGUGAAAACUGAUUCAUUUGGGGAUGAAACUUGUAACUCUUACCCAAUUGGCAUCAUCCUGUAACCUACAGAGGUAAAUGCAAUAGAACAACAGCUCUCCGGGUGCUUUUAAACUCUGCCUUCUUUUCACAGUCCAGCUCACUCUCUUAUUUUGUUAGGAAGCAAUGUGGUAUGACUGGGAUAAGGAAGGAAAAGAAAAGCAUGUUGUCACUUGAGCAAGACUGCCUCAGAAAUGUUGCCAAGUCAGGGUUGGGUGUCUCCUGUCCUUUGGAAGAGAACAGGCCUAAACAGUACCCUCCUCAUCCUAUAGCUACAAGGGAGGCACCAUGAUUGAGAUUACAGGUGCUUCCUUAGCUGAUUUUUAUCAAGUGUAAAUUUAAAUACUCAGCAAAAGGAUGGGAGUGAAAAAACGCUGUUAUUUUCACAGGAUCUAUUUCAUGUAAACUGUGUCUUGGAACAAAAUGUGAACUACCUAAAGAAUGAUAUUGGAAACUCAGUGGGAGGGACAGUUCUAGAAUCAAAGACCUAUAUUUAAAUUUUGAACCUAGUUAUUGGAUUUUGUGCACAUUAUUUAAUUUCUUUAAGCCUCCAUUUCUUACGUAAAAUGAGGAAACUAUCUUGUAGAAUUAUCCUAAAGAUCAAAUAAAGGCUUUAAAGCUGUUAGCAGUGUCUGGCCUAGGGUAGAUGCAUAAUGAAUGGCAGCUAUAUUAAUAAUAACUUAAUAUUACUGAAUAACUUACAAGGCCAAGAAAGGAAAGGACAUGGGGAGCACAGGGAGGGUGAUAAUCAAAUGAACUGAUUAUAAGUGUAUAGAAAUAGAUUCCAUCGGGCAGGGGUGGCACGAGGAUCAGUGUGACAAUGACCUUGUCGCCAAGUGCAAGAGCAAAACAAUGACAUGAAAACAAGUACACCAGGCCCCGAGUGGAGGAGAGAGUUGGAGGCAGACGCCGCAGGCCGGAAAGCUGAGUGAAAAGGGGCCUUUGAUUCCACAGGCGCAGAAAUCCACAGCCAGGAAUUUACUGCCACCUCUGAGUCAGGCAGGGGUGGGUGGGUGCCGGAUUCCAUUAGCAGGGAAAUGCCCGGUGGAUUUAGCCCCGGAGUCACAUUUCUUAUUUGGACCAGUACAGACAGAAACAAACCCAGCUCACUCGUUUCCCGGGACAGUAGAGUUAGGGGAUGGCUUUCACCGAGCAUUCACUGCUGACCCCUCACCGCCGGGACCUCUGUAGCCGCUCUGUCUGGCUAGCAAGGAAGAUCCGUUCAGACCUGACUGCUCUUAUGGAAUCUUACGUGAAGCACCAAGGUCUGAACGAGAACGUAAGCCUGGAGUCUGUGCAUGGUGUGCCAGUGGCAAGCACUGAUCGGUGGAGUGAGCUUAGUGAGGCAGAGCGACUCCAAGAGAACCUCCAAGCUUAUCGUACCUUCCACGUUAUGUUGGCCAGACUGUUAGAGGACCAACGGGUGCAUUUUACUCCAGCUGAAGGUGACUUCCAUCAAGCAAUACAUACCAUUCUCCUCCAAGUGGCUGCCUUUGCUUACCAGCUGGAGGAAUUAAUGGUGCUCCUGGAACACAAGAUCCCUUCCAGUGAGGCUGAUGGGAUGCCCCUUAUUGUUGGAGAUGGUGGUCUCUUUGAGAAGAAGCUGUGGGGCCUAAAGGUGCUGCAAGAGCUUUCACAGUGGACAGUGAGGUCCGUCCGUGACCUUCGAGUCAUUUCGUCUUGUCAAACUGGGAUCCCAGGACAUGGGAGCCAUUGUGCUGCUAAGGACAAGAAAAUGUAGCAGUUGCCCCCCUCUCUCUCUUACUUGCUUUCUCCUCUAAUGGAAUAUAUAUCGUUUUCUGAGGCCUCACUUUCCCAUUCUUACUUUUGAAAACCUUUUAAAACCACAGGCAUUUCCAUCAGCUAGGGUUGGAGACAUGGACAAAUGGGCAUACAGGUUUAGUCUGGGGGGGAGGGAUGUGUGCGUGUGUG